GUAGUGGUCCAUGGAGUGAAUUCCUACACCAUUUUGUUUUGCAGCAAGAAUGGGGCAAGGUGUAGGGAAGGCUUUUGGCAAGAAUGACAAAGUUUUGAAGGAUGAAGCAAAAGAAGUGUUGGACACCUGGGUUCAGGAUCAUACCUUGCAGAUUGAAAGUGUAACAAAAAUAGAGGAAUUGUAUCGCUUGAUAUGUGAAUGUUUCGAACAUCUUAACAAGACAAAGCUUGGGGCCCCUCGAUUUGAUAUACCCUCAAAGGAAUCCAUUCUGAAUGCAUUUGAGGAAUCCCAUGAAAGCAAGAGUGACAAAAAGCUGCCAUUGAAAGAAGCAGAAUUCAAAGAGUUUGUACACAAGGUCGUGUUUCGAGUGGUGACAAAAGGGAAGAUCGAAUUCGUUGCCGUGAUGAUGGGGUUACCACCUGCUGCGCUCUUGAUCAAGCGAGCGGUGCCCGGGCCUGUAGGGGCCAUGUCAGAGGACUUGUUCAUACCGUUAGCCACCUCAGCAACUGCACUGAUUAUGAGUUUCUUUAAGAAGAUAUGAACUACAAAGUGAGAUGGUCCUUUGUGAUCAUGUCAAUAAAACUAUUGAUUGAAUGAAUGUGAGGACUUGUUCAUACCAAUAGCCAACUCAGCAACUGCACUGGUUAUGAGUUUCUUUAAGAAGAUGUGAACUACAAAGUUAGAUGGUCCUUGUGACUAUGUCAAUAAAACAACAUAGUUGUUAUUGAUUGAA